AUGUCGAAGUUCGUAAAGUUCUUAAAGGGUAUUUUAUCUAACAAGAGGCAGAAGGGUGACUUCGAGACCGUAGCAUUAACAGAGAAUUGCAGCGCCCUCCUUAUGGCAAACUCUCCACCAAAGCUUCAGGAUCCAGGAAGUUUCUCCAUACUAUGCAAAAUUGGUUCUGAACGCAUACCGAGAGCUCUCUGCGACUUGGGGGCCAGUGUUAGCCUACUUUCGUACUCUUUAUGUAAGAAGCUGGGCCUCCAGAACAUUAAAUUGACCACUAUGGCACUGCAAUUAGUUGACCAUUCAUGCAGAUACCCAAUGGGAAUAGUGGAAGACGUGCGAGUAGAAGUGGGUGGAUGUAUAGUUCCCACAUAUUUCAUUAUCUUGGAUAUGGAGGAAGACCCCAAGAUGUCGAUCAUCCUUGGAAAACCAUUCCUUGCCACAUCUGGAGCCAUCAUCGAUGAUGUGCAGAGCCUCCAUAAGCUGGUCGUGAGCAUUUCAUGGGCAUGGAGGCGUCAGAGGAACCGAAAGAGCGAAGGGCGAGUCACCGUGAGCCUAAAGGAGUCGGCCGUGUGA